AUGGCCAGAAACAGCACCAACAAGCCUAUCAGCACAUCAGAUGCCCAGAAGAUCUACGCCCAGUACGCUAAGAACAUCGAUAUCCGCUUCCUCCAAGUCAACUUCAGCGGUUCCGUUGGUCAACCUAUGGAUGUUCAUGGCGACAAAAAGAGUGUGAAGAGUGGUAAGCACAACAUCACCUGCCACUCUGUCAGCAUGCGUACCUCGGACGGCAAGAACAAGGUCUGGGUCUACCGCGGUGCUGGAACCAAGUAUGUGCAGGAUAUUUUCGAGGUUCCGGAGGGCACGGAGGAGGAAACUCUCAAAAUCAUGCUUGAGCGUGCUACUGGUCUGGAUGCCAAUGGCAACAAGGUCGAGAUCAAGUAA